UGCUCUGGGCUUAAGUUUUCAAUGGUUGACAUUGGCAAAUAACAACAAAAGUUUAGAAAUAUAGGAAAAGAAUAAUCAUGAAUAAAUUGGCAUGAAAAUAUUUUUCAAUAAAAAAACCAUCAUAUUUCAUUAGCAGCCUAUUCAAUAAUUUAACAAAUAUCUGAAAUGGAUGUGUUUCUCAUGAUACGUAGAAAAAAACUAACUAUAUUUACGGAUGCUAAAGAUACCACGACAGUAUUGGAGCUAAAAAAAAUUAUUGAAGGUAUUUUGAAAGUACCGACAAGAAACCAGAAGCUUUUUAAUAGGGAGAACAAUGUAAUGGAAGAUGAAAAGCAGCUGCAAGAUUAUGGUCUAACUUCCAGCACAGCGAAAGCUCAGAAUCCAGCGACAAUAGGUUUAGCUGUAAGGGAUGAUAAUGGACCUUUUGAACCUCUUGAGUUGACUCCUUAUUCUGCGCCACCUGAUCUACCCGACGUCAUGAAGACCCCAGAGACGAAUGGACAGGAGCAAUCAGCUUAGUUGCAAUUAUUUGAAUAAAGCACAUUCGAAUUGAGUUAGGUUCAUUCCAUCAAUAAUGUAUAUUUAUUUAUUGUCCUAAAAACAAGUUACCAAAUAAAUUACAUUUCUUUAUGUUCGAAUGAAAUGAUAAUUCAGAUACAUUAGCUAGAAGUUGAUAAUUCACCUGAUCCAUUCACUUAAUUUGAAUAAAAUUAUUUGUGUAAAAUUUCCAUGGAAUUUGUCUUAUUAAAUAUUCAAAUUGUA